AUGGAAAAGCAGCUAACGCUUUGUGCUUGCAACAAUUCCAAGAAUUGUGACAGAAAUUUACAAGUUGGGCAGGUCACGAAAUCACUUACUUCUGCUAACAAUAACUUAGUUUUGUUGUCAGAAAAUGAUGACAAGGACCUUUAUUUGGAGCCGAAAAUAGCAGGAGAGGAUGCUCUUGAAUCAGACGUCUCAGUUCUCAAGGAGGAAAUUAUUUUGACGAUGUGUGAUAAUUCUAUGCAAAAUACAUUGCUUCAUCGUUUGAACACUUUUCGUCGAAAUCGCGAGCUUUGUGAUGUUGUACUUUUUGUGCAAGAAAAGGAGAUUCUUGCACAUAAAGUCGUUCUAGCUGCUUGCUCAUCUGUGUUGAUGGAUAUGUUCGUUGGAAGAGAAGACGAUAUGGGGGGACGAUGUUCAAGCUCAAGUCCUUCGCCUACAGCAAUCGCAGAACAAGGACCUGUAGUAAAAACGUCAGCAGCAAGCUCUACAGCCCCAGUUUUUCCAGCUAAUCUUGCUUCGCCAACAAUGCCGCAGCCUCUUUCUUAUUAUGAGUUUGCGGAGUCAGAUUAUCACUGUUUUGAAGCGAUUGUAAAUUACGCAUAUUCUGCACACUUGGAUAUAAGUAACAAAAAAGUGGGCGAGCUAUAUAAAACAGCUUGUAUUCUUCAAGUAGCUCCAGUUGCAAAGGCCUGCGCACAUUACCUUAUCAACAAUCUUAAUAUCAUGGAUUGCAUUGGAAUUCGGCGUCAAGCUAAUAUUCACGAUGAUGUUCUUGUAGAACAUGUUGACAAUUUUAUUGCUGAAAAUUUUGCGCGCAUUGUAGAUGAAAGUCCAGAAUUCACUCAUUUACCGCUUAUCAAAGUCCGUCUGAUCUUGAGUAUUAGAGAUACUGAACAGCUCUGUUGUGGUGAAGAUAUCGCACUCCGCGCGCUUCAGUACUUUCAGUCUUUACCUCAUGUAACUGAACGUACUGAGCAGUGGAUUGAACUACUUAUUGGAAAGACGCAUAUGUUGUAUAUGGGAGAAGAUACUACACUUCUUGAUUGUUCGGGAAUGGAUGACCGUAGUUUCGUGGGAGCAUCUGACAUAAUCCAGGAUUACAAGCUUACUGGUGGCUAUUUACCACGCACAUAUAGUGGAAGUAAAAUGUUGGAUAUACAAACUCCUGCCAACCAUAUCACUGGUGCAACAGCAGUACAUCUCACUUCAGGUCGCUUAAAUAACACUAAAAUAUCGUCAGCGGAGAAGGGAUUUUGGAUUGCAUUGGCUUUCUUCCUCGGACGACUGGUUGCUCUCAGCAUCCAGCUUUCAGAAGCGGAGGAAGUAAUAAAAUUACGGAGUACUUCUCUGGACGAUGAUAUUCUUAAAACUUCUCAAACUGGUCAGCAAGAAACUCUUUCCAAAGUUAUAUCGUCAGCUAGCAAUUUACGCAUUCCAAUUCCACAUAUGAAAAGUCCACGUUGUUCCAUUGGUGGCGUUUUCAUCAACGGAAAAAUUAUUGUUUGUGGAGGCUAUGAUCGCGGAACCUGCUUGAAAUCAGUGGAAGAAUAUGACAUGUUGGAGAGUAGUUGGUCUAGCUUAGCAGACAUGACGCAGUGUCGAGGUCGUUUUGAUGCAGCUGUCUUGGGAAACAAAGUUUACGCAGUUGCUGGUAGUAAUGGGAGUGUCGAUUUAAAAACAGUGGAAUGCUAUGACUUGGAAACAAAAAAGUGGUCUUUUCUAUAUAAAAAAUUUUUCUGCGAAAAUCUGAACAAAUUUGAUUUAUGUUGCGCUGCGCUGGAUAGAUUUAUUUAUUGUAUCGGAGGUUGUUGCGAGCAAAACGUUUUGGAUGAAUGCGAAAAAUACAUUCCUGAAUUAGAUGAAUGGUCUUUGAUAGCACCAUUACGGACAGCUCGUUUCCAAGCUGGUUGCACUUCUUGGCACGAUCUAAUAGUUGUGUGUGGAGGAAGUGAUGGUUGGAAAUGUUUAGAUUCAGUAGAAGCAUAUAAUUCAUUGACUGGAAAAUGGCUAAAUUUAAUUCCUUUAAAAACAGCUAGACGUGGAUGUGCUGUAAUCGUGGUAAAAGAUUGUUUAUUUGUUAUUGGUGGUCAUGAUGGUACUCAGUCGUUGAAUUCUGUGGAGAUUUUGGAUAGUCCCAAUGGAGAAUGGCGGUCGGGUCCAUCACUCACUACUCCACGUGCUAAUGUUAAAGCUAUAGUUACCCCUGACAAUGAAAUAUAUGUUUUAGGUGGAUUUGAUGGGACACAGUUUCUUUCUUCUGUCGAAGUUUUGGAUAACGGUUAA